AUGGGGUUCUGUCAGAAUGGGAACGUUAUUUACUGUCUGACCCUGUCCAAUGAACAUGUCCAAGAAUUACCAGUGUGCAACCCAAAACACAAGAUAGUGUUUCUAAAGACGUACAAGACUGCAAGUACGACUACGUGCACGAUAAUACAACGUUACGCCCUUAUAAGAAACCUCACGUUCGCAUUGCCGAAAACCAAACAUUUUCACAUGUUUGAUGAAGUGGCACCGUUCAAUACCAAUAUGGUGUACAAGUACAAUGACAGAAAACAAGGACAAUAUGACUUGGUGGCCAGCCAUCUCAUAUUUAAUAAAGAAAAGCUCGAGAAAGUUGUUAUAGACGCAAAGUACAUAACGAUCUUGAGAGAGCCUGUUACUAGGUUUGAAUCACAUUUUUCCUAUUUUGAAGCAGCAAAAUAUCUGAAAAUAACAAAACGUCGGAACGCUUUAGAAACAUUUUUCAAAACCCCAGAUAAAUACAUAAUGAAGCCAGGUAAUUUCCUCGGUAAACACCAUCUACAUAAUGGUAUGGCAUUCACCUUAGGAAUGUCUGAAUACAUACACCUGGCCAACGAAAGUUUUCUUCAAAAAAACAUUGACCAAUUAGACCGUGAACUAGAUCUUGUCAUGAUUUCUGAAUAUUACGAUGAAUCACUAUUGCUCCUAAAGAAACUACUGUGUUGGGAAUGGGAAGAUAUUCUAUACAUUUCGAAAGGUAUAAGGAGUGAUAAAUAUAAGAUUAAUCUGAGUGAUACAUUGGUAGAGAAAAUUAAACAAUAUAACUCUGUCGAUGUUAAACUCUAUCAACAUUUUAACCAGACAUUCUGGCAGAGGGUCGCUAACUAUGGACCUCAAUUUAACAACGACUUGCUCGAAUUCCGUCAACGACUUUCAAGGUUUUAUACGGAUUGUAUUGAUGUUUCAAAGACAGGCCAUAAUGCUAAAAAGGAAGACACUUUAGUUAUGAGAUCCGAUGCUAACGACUUCUGCAAAAAAUCUUUUAUCAGGGCAUACGAAUUCAACAACCUUGCGUACAAAUCAAACUUGUACUAA